GGACUUUGUGUCAGUUGGUGUCAGUCACCUCACAAAGAUUCGCAGAGAUUCAGACGCUUUCAGUGACCUGCCGCUGCUGAUGAAGAUGAUGAUGAUGAUGAUGAAGGUGUCAGAGCUGGUCCUCGUCCUCUCCUGUGUCCUCUGUGUCUCCGCUGACAGUCUGCAUGUGGACCUCGCUAUCACUGGCUGUUCAGACACUGAUGGAGAGAACAUGUACGCACUGGACGGUGAAGAGAUGUGGUACGCAGACUUCAUCAACAAGAGAGGAGUCGAGCCUCAGCCCGGUUUUAUAGAUCAAACCAGCUAUGAGGAAGGAGCUUAUGAACGAGCUGUAGCUAAUCAACAGAUCUGCAAAUCAAACCUGAAGAACGGCCGUAUCGGUAUGAAGGACCUCGCACUGAAUAUAGAUCCUCCUUCCAGUCCGAUGAUCUACACCAGAGACGAAGUGGAGCUCGGAGAGAAGAACAUCCUGAUCUGUUAUGUGACUGGUUUCUACCCUGCUCCUGUCACAGUCUACUGGACCAAGAACGGAGAGGAAGUGACUGAAGGAACGAGUAUCAACAUUCCCUAUCCUAACAAAGAUGGUUCCUUCAACCAGAUUUCCAGACUGGAGUUCGUCCCACAGCUGGGAGACAUGUACAGCUGUUCAGUGAAACAUCCAGCUCUGAACCAACCACUGACCAGAUUCUGGGAUGUGGAGGUGAAGCAGCCCAGCAUUGGACCUGCGGUAUUUUGUGGACUGGGUCUGACGGUCGGUCUGCUCGGCGUGGCUGCUGGCACCUUCUUCCUCAUCAAAGGAAACGAGUGCAGCUGAUUGGCUGGGGCUGAUGAUGUCGUCUCUGUUUAUGUGUAGAUUGUCCUAUCAGCCUUUAAGCUGCUUCUGUCCGCUUUAUGUCUCCGAGUAGGUCGGUGCUCACUCUGAGUAUCGAAUCGUCCUGCAGUGAUUUCACCAUCUGACGAUGUCUCAUCCUCUCACGACACCUGAGCUCUACGACAAUAACCCUGACUCCUGGUGUAGAUCAGACCUCAUUAUUAUCAUCCCACUUGUAAAGUGGGUGUCUCGCUUCUUACAAAUCACCCAAACCAGAUGUUCUGUCUGUGAUCGGCUGCAAUAAAUUUCAGCUUUGGAAAUAAAACUAAAACGAAACGGCACGAGCUGCUGCUGCUUGAAAUCAAUGUCAUUAAGUUUGUCUCCAUUAAAUCCUCAUUUUUCUCU